UUGGAGCCCCGGCAACACAGGAGAAACCAUGCAAAGAGAUCCAUGAGUUUAAAGGGGAAGGAGAGCUAUCCAGUGACCACAAGCUCACAGCUUUCUGGUCUUCUGCCACCAUGUGGGUCUGGGCUUUGCUUCCAGUGCUCCUAGCUGUAGGGGGUAGUGUCGGCUUCUGGGUUGUGUAUGUCAUGGCAGUUGCAAAUGGCUCUGUAAAUAUCACAGAAAGCUUUCCAUACAUCAGCACUUGCGGGUCCUACCCACCACAAAGCUGCAUUUUCGGUCAAGUCCUGAAUAUAGGAGCCUUAUUAGGUGUGGUCAUCUGUUGUCUGAAAUACCAGCAGUUGAGGGAUUAUGGCUGUAACUCACAUUUAAACCUAGCAGGGCUUAUUGCCGGCCUAUUUUGCGCUCUUGGCUCAUCUGUUGUUGGCAACUUUCAGCAAUAUAACCAACUGGAAACCCAUUUGUUUGGUGCCUUCUUGGCCUUUGUGGUGGGUAUCCUUUAUUUCUGGAUCCAAGCAGUUCUGACCUAUCAGGCAAAGCCGAGACAUGGAGGAUCGUGGAUUGGGCCUCUCAGGUUCUGCCUCAGUGCUUGCGGCACUGCCCUGCUCAUUGCCACAUGUGCUCUCUUCAGUCUGGGACUGGACUCCGAGUCGGCCUACUGUGAAUGGGCCCUGGCCAUGGAUCUGUUCCUGCUCUUUGGCCUUUUUGCUGUGGAUUUCUGGCAUGUGGGCUCUUGCUCAGUCCACGUGCAAUACUGCAUGGUGAAUCGAGAAAUCCUGGACAUUCAGGCAUCAACUCAGACUCUAUCGCUUUGAUAACACCAUGGAGAGAAAGGAUUGUUGUGAACCUGUCUGCUUGGAUGGAUUUCCACACCAGCUUUGCUGGUAGAACUGAUUAUUCCCUGCCAUGUCCUUUCUUUGGCAGGCAAAGUAGUCCUUCUUGGGGGGAGGCAUGGGACCCUUGGUGGACAGCCCAGAUAUGUCCUUUUGUCUCUUUGGAAAGUCUCCUCCACUAUGACUCCCCCUGUCAGACCAAAUCUCCUCUGCCCCUGAACAGAACUAUGGAUUUCCUUUGUAAAAUGCACUGGGCCCUUCCUGCUGAGAAUGCCAGCUUUUUGAUUCUUCUCAGAAAUGGAUCCACCAGCCACUUUUUCUACUUGACUUCUGGGGAAAAAAAACAUUUUUAAAGUAUCUGUUUUAUUUUGCCAUUAGCAUCUUCUUACUGGUGACAGCAAAAGGCCCUAGUUUUUAUAUCACCCACUCCCAUCCUACUGUAUGAAAUACAGGGCAGUGGAAGGAUCCAUUAUCAGUCUUCCAUAUGUGUGUUGCCAUUCGAUGUAUCCUUCCACCUGUGGAGCCUUCUCUUUUCUACCUCAUGGAUGGAUCUAGAAAGAACUCUUGUGGUGUAGAUGGAUAUAAAGCAGCUAUUUCUCCAUCUACUCCCUCCAUUAUAAUAUAGAUUUAAUGUGUGAGGCAGGAGGAAAAGAUUCCAGUGAGACUUUCCCCCACAAGCCGGAAUGCAUUGAAUGGAAGUUGGUGCCAUGUUACUGCAACUGUGGUCUGACCGUACUCUUAUGCCAGUUAAAAAGCAGCUGGCACUCUCUACCUCACACUCCAAGGGUGGCUUGUUGACACCAUCCUGUGUGGGGAAAGAUAAUAGUGUCCUAAAACUCAGGCCUAAAAGACCAAUUCUUUCCCCUGUGUGCAUACUGCUGUAUGGGGGCACCUCAAAAUACUUUCCUGUCAUAAACUGUAGUGCUACGUCCUUGUGUGAGAAAGUUUGUGCUGUCCUCGUUUUUCCUAUCCUGUGAUGAACAGGGGAGGGUAGGGGUAAAGGAAAAUUGACUAUCUUAGGUGAGAUAGAUUCCAAGACUUCUCUUAUAGUUUCCCAUUAUGGCACUGCUAAAUCUGAAUUUCUCAACAAAGGGAAGACUUACUCCCCUUCAGAUUUUAACUAGUUUUCUUGCUAUAAAUUCUUCCUGCGCAGUCUCUCUCUCUCUUUUUUGUGGGGGGAGAAUAAAAAUCUUGGCUUCUCACCAUCUGCUAA